AUGGCAAACAUUUUCUCUGGAGAAGAAAAAUUCAAUGUACCUGCCUAUGGAUGGGCCGCUAGAGAGAUCUCAGGAACUGUAUCCCCCUUCCACUUCCGCAGAAGAACAAAUGGUGACAAUGAUAUCACCUUGAAGAUACUUUACUGUGGGAUUUGUCAUGCCGACGUUCAUAAUAUCAAGAAUGAACUGGGAAGAAGUGUCUAUCCAAUGGUACCAGGGCACGAGAUUGUGGGGGAAGUGAUAAAAGUUGGUGGCAGAGUCACAAAAUUCAGAAUUGGUGACAUAGCUGGUAUUGGUCCCAUUAUAGGUACAUGUGGCUCUUGUUCUCACUGUACUCAGGGCUUUGAAGUUUACUGCCCGAAAAAGAUAUUGACCUACAAUGGACAUGAACAUGAUGGAUCAGUAACCUAUGGUGGAUACUCAGAUAUCAUAGUAGUUAAUGAGCAUUUUGCAAUCAUAAUGCCAAAAGGGUUGCCAUUAGAAAGUGCAGCUCCAUUGCUGUGUGCUGGAAUCACAGUGUACAGCCCUAUGAUGGGCCAUGAACUAUGUAAACCUGGCCAGCAUUUGGGUGUGGUAGGCCUUGGUGGUCUUGGUCAUGUGGCUGUCAAGUUUGCUAAGGCUUUCAAUAUGAAAGUCACCGUGAUAAGUACUUCUCCUGGAAAGAAAAAUGAAGCAUUGGAAAAGCUUGGUGCGGACUCAUUCUUGCUCAGUACUGACAAACAACAAUUGCAGGAAGCCAAGGACACAAUGGAUGGUAUCAUUGACACAGUUUCAGGCCAUCACUCUCUGCCCCCAUUAGUUGAUUUAUUGAAGAUGGGUGGAAAAUUGAUUUUAGUGGGUGCGUCAAUGACUCCUCUUGAGUUACCAACUCUGCCUCUGUUGUUGGGGAGGAAGAUGAUUGCUGGGAGUGCAGCCGGAGGAGUGAAAGAGAGCCAAGAAAUGAUUGAUUUUGCCGCUAAGCACAAUAUCACAGCAGAUAUUGAGCUUGUUCCCAUGGAUUACGUCAACACUGCUUUAGAGCGACUUGCAAACAACGAUGUUAGAUACCGAUUUGUCAUUGACGUGGCCAACACACUUGGGGUCCCUUCUGUUAAUUAGUCAGUGUGACAAAAGGAAGCUUCAAUUUCAAUGUGUUCUCAUUCAAAAUAAAAAAAAUAAAAAUGAACGAAGCAAAGAUAAACAACGAGGCUUAUUGAAGUACUCUUAUAAGUAUACAUGGUUCUCUGUUUUUAUUAGAAGAAUCAUAAAAUCAC